AAAAAAUUAAAUAUAAAAAUAUCAUAUCAUUAGUGUAUAUCAUAACCACAUAUCAGUCCACCCGUAGUCCACUCACCACUAAAAAUCAAUGGUUGCGACCAAAGAGGCUCCCGUCGCCACCGCCACCGCCACUGGUUCGGCAUCUAUUGGCCAACAAUGGGCCAAUUGGCGGCGGGCCUCCCAGUCCUAUCAGCGUCAACAAUCGGGUAUCAAUGCGAUAUUUAUCGGGCCUCCCGGUGCCGGCAAAGGUACCCAAGCCCAGAACGUUAAACGCGAUUUCGGUGUCUGCCAGUUGGCCACCGGUGACCUGUUGCGAGCCGAAGUGAAAUCCGGGUCGCCGUUGGGUCGCGAAGCUGGCCAACUGAUGUCGGCCGGCCGACUAGUGGACGAUUCGCUAGUUAUCCGAUUGAUCGAUACAAAUCUCGAUAAACCCGACUGCGCUAACGGUUUCCUAUUGGACGGCUUUCCCCGAACCAUAGUCCAGGCCGAGAAGUUAGACCAAUUGCUUGCCAAACGAAAUACCCGAAUCGAUUCGGUAAUCGAGUUUGCCAUCGAUGACGACGUACUGGUCAAACGUAUUUGCGGCCGACUGUUGCACGAACCGAGCGGCCGUACCUAUCAUGAAGAGUUUUAUCCGCCAAAAAAACCGAUGACCGAUGAUAUUACCGGCGAACCAUUGAAACGCCGAUCCGAUGAUAAUCCCGAAGCAUUGCGCACAAGACUCGACGCUUUUCACAAACAAACCAAACCGUUGAUCGACUACUACCAGACCCGGGGCUGUCAUUCGGCAGUCGAUGCCAAACAGCCGGCGCCAGUUGUCUACGAUUCGAUACUCAAGGCCUUCAGGAAAGCCAAAAGCAAAGAUCUGGUGAUCUUUAUAUAAUAAGACUGAAGAAGACGGAAGAGGAGGACAUUGAAGAAGAAGAAUAUGAAGACAACAAACAAACAAAAAAUGAAUGAAAAUUUAGUUUUUUGUUUUUUUUUUGAACCAUUGAUUUGAUUUUUAUUUGAUUUGAUUCGCAAAUUUUGUUUUUGAUGUUAUGAUCUUUUAUUUUUAAAAUUAUUAUUAAUAGUAUGAAAAUCAUUUGAUCCAAUUGAUCCACUUAUAUAUAUAUUUAGCCUUUAAAUGAGUGAAAAAUCGGGUAUAAAAUUGUUUAAUUAGUUUUUUUUCUCUUUGAUAUUACUGUAUAAUCUCUUUAUUUUAUUUUAUUAUUAUUUUUUUUUUGUUUUUGAAAAUCUAUUCAAAUUAUGUCCAAA